AUGAACGGCCAAAACAACAACAGUACCAAUGCUAUGGUCAACAACAUAAGUCUUCAGAGAAUGAUGGAUAACAGAUCAGCAAUGCACACUAGAAGCCAAUUAGUUUUAGCUCAAAAUAUGGAGCUUUGCCCUAAGAAUACUUCAAAAGCAUAUGCUGCCAAGCAAGAAGAAUGGAGAAGAGGGUGUAAAUUGAAGAGGGCAGAAGACGGCUCCCCCAUACCAUUAGGCCGGGAGUCUAUCUUAGCUUAUGUUAAAGCAGUUUCAGAUAUAUGUAGCAAGAAAAAAGCUCUUGGGUGGAACCCUAAUGGUGUAGCUAGAGGAUCUCUUGUUCGUGCUUUCUUGGAUACUUCGAGUAAGAAACGUUCACAAGCUGUUAGAACAAAUUUUGAAGACCGUAGAAAAAAUACGCUCAAUGAUGGAUACACAAGGCAGAAACUGGAGAAGAUCAGCCAUUACUUUCUCAACAAAAGCAACAUUCGUGGAUGCAGAGAUAGACUAUGCUUUCUAAUUAGCCAUUCGAUGCUUUUUCGUAGUCAAACCGGAGUAACUGAGUGCAUCGCCCUAGUUGCAACAAUCACAUUUGGCAAGACCAAUCAGCACGGAAAGAUUGAAUAUGGUUCCUCUGCCCACCACUUUCAAGUCGAUGUUUGCUCUGCUUACGAGGAUCGAUUCACGCCAAUCCAGUACAAAGCCCAGCACAAGACAUUUGCCAAGGAUUUCAAAGCUGUUGGACUUCACACUUCCAAGGUUACGCAAGGGAACUGCAAGAGUGCACUGAACACAAUUGUGCAGGAGAACAUUUCUGGUGACUAA